UGUUAGAAGUAAUAUUUACGUAUUAUUUAGAGAUUAUUUAAAAUACUAAGUGCGCGUUGUAUACUUCGCAUAGAUAUAACAGCUGCCCAUAUAUAAAAGUCCGAUAGGUUCGUUUAUGUUCAUUUAACGUCCUUGAUUUUGAUCGUGAUUUUGCCGGGCUUUUGUGACCGCGCUUCAUCACCACUUACUUAAAAAAUAAAAACAGUCUUAUUAGAUUUGUAAAUAUGGAUGUUAUUAUACGAAAAGCAAAGAGGGAAGAUUGCACAUCUAUUAAAAAUUUGAUACAGGAAUUGGCCGACUUUCAGAACAUGCCGGAUGGACCAAAGAUUGAUCAUACAACAUUAGAAAAGGAUGGAUUUGACACGGAACCUGCAUUGUACAUGUGCUUUGUGGCAGAAAGAAACAAAAGAAUAGUUGGUUAUACGAUUUCAUACUAUACAUAUUCGACAUGGUGUGGGAAAGCUAUGUACUUGGAAGAUAUUUAUGUAACCGUUGAUUGCAGAGGAAAGCAUAUUGGUAGUAAAUUGUUGAAAGCUGUUGCAAAGGAAGCCUCAGAUAAUAACUGCUGUAGACUAGAUUUUUCAGUUCUUAAAUGGAAUCCUGCACAAGAUUUUUAUAAACGUAAAGGAGCAGUUGAUGUAACAAUAGAAGAAGGAUUCCAUCACUAUCGCUUAUCGAAUACUGUUUUGAAAUCCUUAGCUAUGGAUGCUCUUCCAUAUCUAUUUUCCUCCACACCAUUAUUGUUUGAACCAAAUGCAACUAGUAAAUUUCCUACUACAAAAAAACAAUCAGACGAGGAUUAUGAAGAACUUGACUCUGAUAUAUUAUCGCAUAGCGAUAUGAGUUGGGGGUCUUUGGAAGAUAGAUACGUGCCAUUUGAAAUUUUAUCCGAUGACUCUGAUUCAACUACUUCCUUAAUUUCUUCUACCACGAGUAAUCACGACUUUUUAUUUUUAAAGUCUGGUUCUUCGAUUGUGCUCGAUCAUAUGCCAGUUCCAGUAAACGUAGAUGCGAUACACUGUGCAAAUGAAAGCAAUUGGGCUAAUUAUGCUUUAGACCCCGAUGCAUGGGACGAUGAUAAAGCGCGCAUUGUAAAACUGAGACAUCUUAACGAAAUAUUAUUCGACGAUUUUGAGUUUUGUGGUUUUUUAACAGAUAGACUGAUAGGCGUUGGUUCAUCAUUUUUGGCUAAAUCUCCCGAAAAUGGUCUAUACGUCUUGAAUAAAUGUGUCAUGAAGAAUAUGUCACUUUCCAACAUUACAAUGUUACAUUAUCACCGUUAUUUGCGGUACAUCGAUCUUACAUACAAUUAUAUAUCAGAUUUGUCUCCUUUGGGAGGAGUUCCCUAUCUAAUGUAUCUAAACGUAGCUCACAAUAGAAUUCAAAUUAUUUUAAAUUUUACACCUCCGUGGUAUUUGACUUACGUAAAUUUAUCGUACAAUUAUAUAUCGGAAAUGCGUGAUAUCAGUAAUUUCUGGAGUAUCGUACACCUGGACUUAUCGCACAAUGCAAUUGAGGUCAUUUCUGGUUUGCAAAAUUUAAAGUAUUUAAAAUACUUAAAUUUAUCGUAUAAUUUAAUCGAAUGCAUUGAGAAUUUAGAUAAAUUAAAUAUUCAAGAACUCAAUUUAGAAGGCAAUUGUAUAACUACAUUCAAAUCUGCUGUGCCUGGUUAUAAUAUAAACACGUUACCUCAUUUACGAGUCAUAUAUCUAGGAUAUAACAAGAUAUCUGACUUAGAAUUUUUUAAGGAUGGAUACAGUUUGCGCGUAAUAGAUUUGAAAUUUAAUAGAAUUUCCGAUUUAUUAGAGUUAUCAAAUUUCAAAGGUUUCAUAGAUGAAAUAGACCUUAGGGGCAAUGGUUGCACAAAAUGGCCUAAUUAUAAAGGUGUGCUUUUAUUUUCCAUACCAAGUAUACAAGUUAUCGAUGGUGCUGUUGUGACUAUUUCAGAAAAGAUUGCUGCUGCUACUCUGUUCGCGCCACCAGUGAAUUUAACAGCUGCUCGUACUGUCACAAAAUUAACUUUAUUAGAACAUUUAAGUACACCAACAAUUGGUCUACACGUGAUGCCAUACAACGAGGCAAGCCCGCCUUUGAUCAUUCUUACAGGUCCAUCAGCUCUGAAAAAAACAUCUUUAGCUAUGCACAUUGUUCAAACGCUUCCAAGCAAAAUCAAAUAUUGUCAGUGGUAUACAACAAAAGAACCAGAAAAUGAUACUGCUGUGCAUCAGUUCUACCUUUUUGCAGAUAGAGAGGAUUUUAACGACAUGUCUCGUCGUGGAGAAUUCUUAGCGAUUCAGGAACAAUUAGGGAACAGUUAUGGAUUUCAUUAUAAUCAAAUUACCUCGUUAAUAUUGGAGAACAAAAUUGGUAUCACACAAAUGGAUUUACAUGCAACCAUUCAAAUGACUAAGCGCUACUCCAACGUUAAGCCAAUUCUUGUCUCGACACAAAAGGAACAAAUUCAUCGUAUUUGGAUACAAGAAAAGUUUGAUGUCUAUACGUGUGACAAGUCUAGCAUGGAAAAUUUAUUGGCUGAGAAAGGGCACAAAACUACAGAAGAAAAUAUUUCGGCGUCUACAAAUAUUAAAAAAAUUUUGGAUGAUAUUAUAGAUAGUUGUCCAUUACCUACAAAAAGUAAUGAUAAGAAACAAUCAGACAAACGUGUAACAAUGACUGAGAUAUUAGAAAGUACCUCAGCAGUAUAUGAAGUAAAAAAGGAAGAGUCAAAAACUGAAGAGAAAAAAUAUAUCACAUUUCAAGAAAAGGAAACUGAUCACUCAAAGAAAAGUUCGCUCACAGAACUUUAUGUAUCAAAUUCUCAAGCUAAAUUAAAUAAUCAAACAGAGUUGAGAGUAAUUUUGGAUGAAGAUGCAAACGUCAUAGUUGAAGACAAAGAAUUAAAACGUAAGAGGUAUCAGGAAAGAUUGCUGCAUCGACGAAGUACAUUACUAGAUGACGAAGAGUUCUUUAGCACAGAAGACCAUAGUGACUCGGCAUCUAGCGAAGAAACAGUAGUAGAUCCACGGUUUUUGGAAACAAGAAGACCAGAACACUUAAAAGAAUUGUACACUGAACUCGUAAUCAAGACAAGGGAAAUGUACUUGAAUCAUCACGUAAACAAUCCAGGAUUCUUUUUUUCAGUGUUGCUGACAGAUAAUUAUAUGAAAGCAUUUAAUACACUCAUUGAUUUUAUUUAUAAUGUAUACACAAACCAUCCUACCGAAAAUCCUAAACAUUUUACUGAAAUCGAGCAUUUUUCCGAAGUUGCUGUUCCGGCAAUGAUCGACACUGUUGUUGAUGAAAUAAGACAAUCGUUGUCGACAUCCAUACUACAAAGGAAAACUUUGUUGAGAGCCUAUGGCAUUACUUCUUGGAAAGAUUUAAUGCCUAGUCAAAUGGAUACACAUUCAGCAAAAUUUACUAAUUAAAGGUAUA